GUGGACUGGGUGAGUUGGGAGUUGGGAGUCGACUGGCUCUUAUCCAACGUACUCCUUCCUUCGGAUCCAAUCCAAUGUACUCAUUUGUACUUUUUCAUUUUUACUCCUUUCCUCUUAUAAUUUUUACAACAGAAAGUUAAAGUCAAGUAGUUUUUUAGUUUAAUUUUGUUAUAUCUUUUAACACUGUUAUCACCUCCGUCGACGGCGUCCCAGCCCACUCCGCCUCUGGGUAUCCCUCUCCCUCUCCCUCUUGGUUUCGCUGCCAUCAGCCAUAAGCUUGUUUAAUGGCAGAGCAGAGGCAAUGACUUUUGAGUUGGGCUAAUUCUGUUGAUACAGGUUGCUCUUCGAGUAUGUAUCGUAGUAGUUUCAGUUGUACUUGUGCUUUUACAGAGACUUUAAUAGCUACUUCGAGUCAUAGUGAGUCAUUUAAAGGAAGAAGCUUUGGAAAUUUAAAGGUUUGGACGUAUGGGUACUUGGUAAACAGGUCGAAAGCGAGGAGAAAACGAAUGGGUCUAUGUGGGUUUGUUAUGAAAAUCUCAAAGGACGGGGUUGAACUGGCCAAGGUGAAGAAGAAAGUUGUGAAGUCUUCCGAAGAGGUUAUAAGGGUUCUUAAAUCUACGACGGACCCAAAUUCUGCAUUUUCUUAUUUUAUGGUUGUUGCUGAUUUACCUUAUGUUGUUCACACCCCUGAAACGUGCAAUUACAUGCUUGAAGUGUUGACGACUCAUAAGAGGGUGGAGGAUAUGGCUGCUGUUUUUGAUUUCAUGCAAAAGAAAAAGGUUUACCGAACUGUGGACACUUAUCUUGCUAUUUUUAAAGGUCUUCACGUAAGGGGUGGUAUUGAACAAGCACCGACUGUGCUUGAGAAGAUGAGAAAGGCUGGGUUUGUUUUGGAUGCGUUUUCAUAUAAUUGCUUGAUUUAUUUUCUUCUCCAAUUAGAGUUUUGCAGGGAGGCUUUGGAGGUUUACAACAGAAUGAUCUUCGAAGGGAUGAAGCCAAGUUUGAAGACUUAUUCGUCACUGAUGUUGGCAUUUGGAAAGCGAAGCGAUACAAAAACAGUAAUGGAUUUGUUAGAAGAGAUGGAACAUUUGGGAUUGAGGCCUAAUAUUUAUACAUUUAACAUAUGCAUUAGAACUCUUGGAAGUGCCGGGAAAAUUGAUGAGGCUUAUGAUGUAUUGAAGAGAAUGGACGAGGAGGGAUGCGAGCCAAAUGUUUUCACUUAUACAAUUCUCAUUGAUGCUCUUUGUAACGCAGGUAAACAUGAUAAUGCGAAGGUGUUGUUUGCAAAGAUGAAAGCUAGCAGUCACAAACCUAAUCGUGUAACUUACAUUACUUUGUUGGACAAGUUAAGUGACUGUGGAGAAUUGGAAACUCUGAAAGAAAUCUGGGAUGAAAUGGAAGCUGAUGGAAUUGCUCCUGAUAUAGUUAUGUUUAACAUUCUUAUUGAUGCUAUAUGCAAAGCGGGCAAUGUUGAAAAAGCAUUUGAUACUCUAGGUGUCAUGAAGGAAAAAGGGAUCUCACCAAAUCUUCAUACUUACAACAUCUUGGUUGGGGGACUAUUAAGGGCAAGUAGAUUAAACGAGGCUCUUAAACUUUUCAGUAAUAUGAAAUCCCUGGGCGUCAUUCCUAACACAAUUACAUAUAGUAUAAUCAUUUCUGGUUUAGUGAAAUUUAAUAGUGUAGAUGAGGCUAUCGAUUUCUACUAUGAUCAUGUAGGUCAUGAUUUUUCCCCGUCUCCUUAUAUAUAUGCCCCGUUCAUUGAGGGACUUUUUAAGGCAGGAAGACAUGAAGAAGCAAUGCUUUUCUUCGAGGAGAUGCUAGAGUAUGGAUGGAAACCUAACCGUGUGAUUUUCAAUAUUCUUAUGAAUGGAUUUGGGAAAAGAGGGGAUGUGGAAAUUGCCUGCCAGUUGUUUAAAAUAAUGGUUAAAGAAGGAAUAAAACCAGACUUGAAGUCUUACACGGUUCUUCUGGAAUUUUUAUGCUGUUCAGGAAAAAUUGAUGAUGCUUUGUAUUACUUUGAGGAACUAAAGCAGACUGCCCUUAGUCCUGACUUAUUCUGUUAUAACCAUUUGAUUAACGCUCUUGGAAGAUCACAGAGACUAGAAGAAGCUCUAUGUCUGUACACUGAAAUGCGGAGUAGAGGAAUUUUUCCUGAUAUUUCCACAUGCAACAAACUAAUACUCAAUCUUGGGAUCGGGAGAAUGUUGGAGCAAGCGGUGAGUGUAUAUGAAGAACUACAAUUUAAGGGUCUCAAACCUGAUGUUUUCACUUACAAUGCUCUCAUUCGGGCCUACAGCAUGUCAGGUUAUCCAGACCAUGCUUAUUCUGUUUACAAGAAAAUGAUGGUUGUUGGCUGCGACCCGAAUGUGAAAACGUUUGCAGAACUUCCUACUCAAACUUGAUUACUUCACACUAUUGAAAUUCUCAUGGAGCGAUAGACACUUCUCUGAACUGUCUUUCAGAUUGGAAUUCUGACAAGUUUGGUGGUGAAGGGUUGCCCAUAAUGCAUGUGAUCCUGAGAUUAAUGUUAUUUUGUCAGUUAUGCAAAUUUUCCAUAUACCUACACACCUCAUAAUUCUCACAUCUCUUAACUCUUCACAAGAAGACUUUUUUUAACCCAAAUUGAUAGUUACGCAAACAUUUUCAUGCUCUUUUACGUAACUUACACAAAUAUCUCAACUUUACUAAUAUUAACUAGUUAAAUGGGAAAAUGAUUUUGAGGCAAUGUCCAACACUGAAUACUAAAGCAAUGGCCUUGUGAGUAAUAUGCAUUCACCUUAUUCUUCGAUGAAGUCAAAUUUGUAAAUGGACCCCAUAGAAUUUAUGUGUUGAAAUUCCAAAAGUUCAUGACACCAAAUCAUUCUUUUGGUUCAUCGCAGGCUUUUAAUGUUCCUAGCAUUUCUCUGGUGUUACAACUUUCAUCUGUUGGUGUCUAACUCAAUUUAGUUUUACCUGAAUUUGCAGGAUGUGCCUGAAGGUCAUGUUUAUUUGUUGGGUGACAAACCGUAAUAAUAGUUAUGACUCCUAUUAUUGGGGACAUCUUCCUGUACGAAACAUCAUUGGAAGAUUUGUAAUGUAUUGCCACAGACCAUCAAACAGUUGAUACAAGAUUUGAUUUGAAGAUGAGCCACAACCGCCACCCGCCAGAGGCUUCUAACUAUAAACUGAACGCUCUUAAACUUUAUCAUGUAAGGGAAGACAGAAGCAAAUCGAUACGAUUUUACCUCCACGGAUUCUCUGUUCUGCCCAUUGGUGAUCCACAACUUGGUUUAGUAAUUUACAGUAAGCAUUGGAUGUCAUCCUCUUAGUUUGUUUGUCAGCAGUAAGAUUUAAGUUGAUUGUAGAUAUUGUUAGACUAAACAUUUUCUAAAACACUAGCAGUUAUGGACUUGUGGUGCUUUACUAGUUUAGUUUAUGCUUCAUAUUUAGACAAACGUUGUCUCAAGUCUUAAUCCAAAAUGUUACCAGACACAAAGAAGUCUUCUAGAUAUAAAGGGGUGGAAUAUAUUCAACAUGGUCUAUUUUAUUCAGUUUAACUUGUAUAAUUAUUACAUUGAUUUUAGAUAUUUCUCUCUUGUCCA